AUACGUAGUUAGCGAUGUGAUCAGUAUUUUACAUGUAAUGGUAGGCGUAAUGUUCAUGAUAGAAUUUUUAAUCCACCAACUCGGAUUGUUUUCGUAAGAAUUCUUGAUUGACAGUCUUCUUCUUGAUUGUUGUUGUUUCUCAUUGUUAAACAUUUUAAAACAGUGACAUAUCUCGGUUACCUACCUCUUUUAAUAACAGGAGAACCUUAUGCCUUAGCACUUGAAAAAUUCACACAUCAAGUGUCACCCUUACCAUAAUCAUUCGAAGUUUUUGUGCAACAGUGAGCUGACAUGUACUCGUUUUCUAAAGCAAUUUUUGUGCUGUGUAAGUGCAUGGGCGUAGCUCCGGUGAAAUUGGUCAAUGGGGAAUAUGUAUUCAGUUACGUUAAUUUUUUUUACAACGUAAUCUUUCUAACUUCGCUCGUAUGCGUUGGUUUGCACGCUUUACUAUCCGAUUAUAAAAGUACGUUUCGUGGAAAAUCAGUCAGGAUGAAAACUAGAACAGCUAUUGUCGUAACGUUCUUAGAAAUAUUUCUAAAUAUGAUCGUUAUCGCAAGUGGAAUUCUAGGAGCCGCUUUCAAUUACCAAAAAAUUCACGAAAUCGCUUCGGUACUGAAACGCGUCGAUGAAGAGCUACGGACGAAAUGGAAUUUCAGAAAAUUCAAUUUUAUAUUAUGCGGCAUAUUAAUUCAUCAUGUUUUAUUGAUAUACGUCGAUACGUAUUUCUGGUUCAGCCUGACGCCGGAUUCAUGGUCGUAUGCGGUUUGCUACGCGUAUUUUUUCGUUGAAAUCGCCAUCGAAGCGCAAUUUGCUUUAAUAGCGUGGGGUAUAAAAUGCAGAUUUCAAAAAAUUAACGACACUUUGGCUGAAAAUCUAGCGUAUAAAUAUUUUACCAAGUAUAAAAGACCAUUUCACUUGAAGCAACAUUUAUCCUUCGAAAUAUUUCAAGAACUGCACUGGUCUUUAUGCGAAGCGAUACAAAUUGUUAAUAAUGGAUUCGGCUGGCAACUAUUAACUUCAGUCUUAUGCAUAUGUGUCCACAUCAUCGUGACUCCUUAUUUUUUAUUAUUGGAUUUAUUCUAUCCGGCUGCUUACGGAUCCGCAGAUAUUGGUUUCCUGAUAUUGCAAGUAGUAUGGAUUAUUACGCAUCAUAUACAUUUAUUGCUAAUCGUUAUACCAGCUUCGGAGACUACAAUGCAAGCGAAGAAAGCUUCCAUUAUAUUGAGCGAAAAUUUGAAUUGCUGUAUACCCACAGCUGAUAUUUUGAAGUUGGAAUCUUUCAUUUUACAAUUGAAAAAACAUUCGAUUAAAUUUUCCGCGUGCGGUUUAUUCUACUUGCAACGGCCUGUCAUCACAUCGCUUAUCGGUUCAGUAGUCACAUACUUGGUGAUUCUUAUACAGUUUCAGAAUUCAGAUAAAGUAUAUCAUUAAUACGAACAAUAAAAUGAAAUUCACGCGUAAAAAAAUUAAUAUAAUAACCAACAAACAAUAAAGAAAAACAUCACGAUACUAAAUGAGGAAAAGACACAGCUUUUUCAAGCCAACCUGCUAGUUGUAACAACGCUGCAUCUUCGAAAUUUCUUCCUAUAACUUGAAGACUUAUUGGUAAUCCUUCUUUCGAUAAAUAAAUAGGUAUCGAUAUUGCAGGACAACCUGAUAAAAAAAAAGUUCAUGUGAGCUAAACACGAAAAUUAAUUUCAAAAUUAGCCGGACGUAUUUCUUACCAGCCAUAUUUACCGCUUGAGUGCAAUAAUCUUGUAACGCGCACUGACUUCGAUUAUCCAAUUUAGUGAAAUCACUUAAUAAAGGAGCCGUAGAAAGAGUAGUAGGAGUUAAGAGAAAAUUGAAACCAGAAUUCCAAGCAUUCUCGAAGUCGUCUGCUAUUAGUCUCCUUACUUUCAUGGCCUUAACAAAAUACUUUUCGUAAUUCCUACGAGAGAAACACGAAAACAAAUAGUAAGUUCAGGGAACCUGAUAAAUCGCAUAGAAAAUGAUUACAUAAAUCCAUACCGUUGUAAAAGAAAAUAAUUUCCAGCUAAGAUUCUCGAGCGUACUACGGGACCAAAACCUUCACAUCUAGACUCUGCUAUAACUUGAUCAGUGGAUACUUGUGCUUGAGAUCUGUGUCCGAAUAAUAGACCGGAAUAUCUAGACAUGUUGCUAGCAACUUCACACGCGUUAAGUAUCGAAUAAGUUACAAUUGAAUGUUCUGUGUGUGGCAUUGACAUCUAAAUUGUUAAAUUUAUUAUUAAUUUUAGUGUAAAUAAACGUACGGAAGAGAA